CCUGAGGGAUAACCUCAGAGACCUGGAGUCUGUGAGGAAGCAGGAUCUCAGAAGAAUCAUAGAUCAUAGAAUGGUUUGACAUGGAGAGGACCUUACAGCCCAUCUCGUUCCACCCCUGCCAUGGGCAGGGACACCUCCCACUGUCCCAGGUUGCUCCAAGGCCCGUCCAACCCAGCCUUGGGCACUGCCAGGGAUGGGGAGUCCACAACUCCCCUUAAUACCCCACUGUAAGUGAUUAACCCCAGAGGUUAAUCACUCCCUAUAACUGCUCCUCCAUCCCUCCGUGCUGUAGGAAAUUCCCAGGUGCUGAGCUUUACUGGCUCAGCUCUCCUCUCUGAAGGGAGAGGGAAAAGCCACCAGGCCCUUCCCGCUGUGCAUCCUCUGUCCCUGCUGUAAAUCCCCUCUGUGUUCCCUUUCCAACUGACUGGUCCCUGCAGAGGAGCAGCCUCGGGGGCCUGUGGAGUUCCACAUCCCUCACACAGCUCUGAAGGACAGGAAAGGACAGCGGGGCCGGAUGCUGCUGUUCUGCGCCAGCGCCCUCCUUACUGCAAUUACAGUCCUGUUAGAAACCUCCACCUUAUUUAAAGAGACACUGUCAACUGCCUCAAAGCUCCUUUCUGCAACAGGCUCCCAAGGCCACUGAGAUGUGUUUUUAAUGAGGAGGAGAAAAGCACUAAAGAUAAACAGCACUGAUAAAGUAGAGGUGCUUCUCAUUUUUUAGGCUGUUGAAUCUAAUGAAUUAAAACUACUUCAAUUAAUCACUGUAGUCCCUUCUGACAAAAUUAUCAUCUCAGUUUCCAAAUGAGAGGAGUGAGGCAAGAGGAGCUGAGUGAUGGGAUCAAGGUUGCUCUGUGAGUUUGCUGCAGAGGUCUGGGUUAUAAGGUGGUAAAGGAGACUGAACCAGUGUUUGAUUGUUGGUGGCAGCAGGAAAUACUCCCCAGAGGCACCAUGGUGAGCUGUGAUGUAGUCCCUUCUCUAGGAGGUGCUCCAGCACAUGCAAUAUGGGAUCCAAGGUCUAAGGCUGGGUGAAUGCCAGGUCCUGGCUGGUCUGAUGGGCUGUGCUUAUCUGUGUACCACCAUGAAAGACCUUUCCAGGACUGGGAGAAGGGCUUUACUAAGAAACUCCAGGCUCACCUUCCCUCACUUCAAAGACUGCAGAUCAUCAGGAACCCCCUGAAUGUGUACAUCCCUGCAGGGUCACUGCCAUGGUACUGAAAGUGUUCUUUCCAUCGUGCUGCUCCUCAGCAGACAGCGGCAUUUUGAUCGGCCGCUGGAUCUCCGAGCAGAACUCUGCUGUCAUCCUUGCUGUGGUGCACUUCCCCUUCAUCCCUGUGCAGGUGAAGCAGUACCUUGGGGAAGUCCAGCGUGUGACUCAAGUCAGUGUUUCUGUGCUUGGCUCGUGGAGCAAUAGCAAACAGGAGAAAGAGGAGAGUCUCAGUGAGUUCUUGGAAGACCUCGGGACCAUAUUCUGCCAUGAGCCAUGGAUCCAGAUAAGCAAAGAGGGAGACAGCAAAUUCUGGAGCUGUUCUAUCCUUCAGAAACACUCUACGAACCCUCAGGAGGAAGAAAUCAUCUUGGUGUACUAUGACCAGCGCAAGGUCAUGCUUUCCCAUCUGCACCCCCCUUUGGACACAGCUGGGCAGGGGGCAGAGGAUGCCUCAAAGCUCUCGGCCAUCUUUGACACGGUGGCCAGGAGCCAGGUGCUGUUCAUGACAGACAGGUACGACGAGGGGCCCAUCAAGCUGACCCACUGGCAGUCGGAUGGGGUGGAGGCCAGCAUCAUCGUGGAGCUGCUGAAGCAGGCCUCUGUGCCUGCCUGCAUGCUGCUGACACUCCUGCUCUCUCUGCUCUCUGGGAUCUGCAGGAGCAGGGUGCUGAAGUUUUGGCCUUUGUCUUUCUUGUGGAGCAAACUCUCAACCUGUGAGCAGCUGGGACACCGCCUGCAGCACCUCCAGGUCAUCAGCAGCAACAAGAAGGCUCAAAACCAAAAUCAGCUGAUGAGGAAAGCCAACAUCUUUGUGUCUCUGCUGAUUGAUGUGGCCCUGGGGAUACUGCUGAUGUCGUGGCUGUACAGGAAGAACCGCAUUGGUCACCUUGCUGACACCCUCAUCCCUGUGGCUGACCACGUGGCUGAAGAGCUGCAGGACCUGCUCCAGUGGCUGAUGGGAGCCCCAGCUGGACUGAAAAUGAACCGAGCCUUGGACCAAGUCUUGGGCCGCUUCUUCCUUUAUCACAUCCAUCUGUGGAUCAGCUACAUCCACCUGCUGUCCCCGUUCAUUGAGAUGAUCCUGUGGUACGUGGGGCUGUCGGCCUGCCUGGGGCUGACCGUGGCUCUCUGCAUCCUGUCCGACAUCAUCGCGCUCCUCACCUUCCACAUCUACUGCUUCUAUGUCUACGGGGCCAGGCUCUACUGUCUGAAGAUCUACGGCCUGUCCUCUCUGUGGCGCCUGUUCCGGGGCAAGAAGUGGAACGUGCUGCGGCAGCGGGUGGAUUCCUGCUCCUACGACCUGGACCAGUUAUUUAUUGGCACUUUGCUGUUCACAAUCCUGCUGUUCCUUCUGCCUACAACUGCACUGUAUUAUUUGGUGUUUACCCUGCUCCGCUUGCUGGUGGUGAUUGUGCAGGGCCUCAUACACUUGCUGGUGGACCUGAUUGACUCCCUGCCUCUUUAUUCCCUCAUCCUUCGCCUCUGCAGAUCCUACAGGCUCGCAGCUGGAGUGAAGUUCAGAGUCCUUGAGCAGCAGGAUGGAAAGCCUCUACGUCUCCUGAUGCAGAUCAACCCCCUCUCCUAUGGAGGUGUGGUCCAGACCUACAGACUGCCCACCUACAGCUGCUAUCCCAGGGACUCCUGGGCAUCUCUCUGCAAGAAACUCUUCCUUGGAGAGCUCAUCUACCCCUGGAAACACAAAGGAGACAAGCAGAACUAAAGACAGUGGAAGAACUUGGGAACUUGACCUGAAAAACUUAACAACUAAUGCUUUGGGACCAAAGGCUGCUCAGAGCCAGCAACUGCUUCAUCCCUUUAAACAGAUUUUGAUAACAUAGGAAGGGCUGAAUUUUUAAAGGCAAGUAUUUUUAAACAUUAUUUUUCAACUUUCUCCUCCCCUGCACUGUGUUUGUAUAUUAUGCUAAUGAUUAUUUUGGAAGCAAAAGGUGAAACCCAUCAGUGCCUCAUGAAACCAGCACUCAGUGUCACGGAGGGAGCAGCUCCCAAAUGGUCUGGGGAUGAAUUUCUCCUUCCAUGUCAGCUCACAGGGCCAUAGCAAAUCAGCCCCUCAGGUGGUUUGGAGCCACAAUGCUGUGGUGCCUUCAGCCAGAGCAUGUUUUUAUGCCUCAGACCUCAAGCCAGCUGAUCAAAACCAUGUGGAGAAUCAGCUCGUGGAGUCCUACACUGAAAACUGAGCAGCUGGGUGUCUGAGCUCAUGGGAUAUUUAUUAACUUCUUUUGAGGAGGGCCUGCACUCACCCUCACUGCAGCACCAGAGGUGUUGGAGAGUGAGGCUGGAGGCCCAGAAGCACAGACUGUUUUAUCAUGAUUCUGUGAUUUCUCUUGGGAGAGUGCUUUGGAUACAUUUCCAAAGUGCAGGAGUGCUUGGCUUUCCGUGUUCUGGUCUCAUUUUGAUGUGUCUCCUAUUCUCUGUCUUGGAAAGAGUGCCUGUGCACUGCAGGAUGUCCCACUGGGCAUCAGUGGUUGUGUCAAAUUUAAAUACAGUCCUGACCCAAAAUACACUUCCUGCAGCUCUGCUCAUUCCUCUGCCCCAGCUCAGACAAGGCCUUUGAGGUUUCUUAGGGCCAUGUGAGGGAUGCAGGACUACAUGGGCACUACAUGGUGCCCUGUCACCCUGAGCCAGGGCAAAUCCCUGGGAAAGCCAGUGUGGCAAAGCCCCCCUCAUCAUCUGCCUUUACAGGCUCUGGUGGGACAUCCCUGCCUGCAGAAACUGCAGAGAACAAGCUGUUCUGGGCUUAAAACUCCUGUGCAGCAUCUUCUUGUCCUGGAAUGAUCACUACCUGAGGAAUUCUCUGCGCUCCAGGUGUGAAUAACUGCAGGCUGUGAUGCACUCAGUGGAAGAAUGGUGUAAAUAACAUUUUCACUGCAGCUGAAGUCAGAGUCAUGAGCCCCAUCCUCACCUGGCACUGAGCAGAGCAGGUUUACACCUCACCUCCCUCUCAUCUUUCCUGUGGAGCUCCUAAAUGGUAUCCCCUGGUUCCUCCCACGCCUGCACAGUUCAGUUUGCUGACUGCUGUGAGAAACUUUGUUACUUUUGGUCUAGUGAAAGGAAUGUUUCUAAUAUCCUGGCUUUUAAAAUCUGCCUGUGGGACCAGACAGUUCAUGCUGGUCCUAAUCAAGGUACAAAUCCUUAGGUACAAAUGCCAUGAUAGCCCCAGAGACAGCACAGAGCCACAAAAACCAGCAGCUGUGACCUUCCUACUGGGACCCUGCCAGAUGUAUCAGAUGUUCCAGUGUUGGGUUUGUUUACUGAAGGCUGAUACUGACUCUGGCGUGGGGAAAUACCAAACCAAGGAAAAGCUCCUCCUCAAACCUGAGACCCUGAGUCUUCUCAAGGGAGAACGUGGAGCAGCCCAGCUGGGCAGUGGCAGCUCCUUGUGCCUGCAGUUCUCCUGUGUCACCCGGAGUGGUGCCUGAGCUGCCUCUCUGCUCCUUGCACUGGCUGUUCUCCUUGCCUGCAGUGGUAUCUGAGCAUCUGAGUUGCUCCUGCUGGAUGUUUGCCAUGUCUCUCCUCUUCCUUUCCAGUCCCUGCUGGAAGAGUCUUCCCCCACCCUUUCCGACUGUGUGCAGGGACAUUACAGCAGUGCAGCAGACAUCCUGCUCAGGAGCACCUGACCUUAUGUCAUCUCUCUAAUUAGAGUUAGGAUCUGCCUCAUCUUCCACAGCAGCACAGACUGGCCCAGUGCUGGCAUUUCCUCCGGGAAGAGGCUGCUGGUAAGGCUCUGGCUCUGAUUUGUCCUCAGAUCCAUGUUAUCCAGAGCAGCUCUUGGAUGAGAAGUAGUUAAAAAUUCCAGUUCUCCCAUUCCUACCACGCACCCCUUAUAGCAGGCAGCAGGCAGGCUUUGCCAGCCAUCAGUCAAAGACUCUAAUCUUACAGACUUCUUUUAAUACUGCAUUUCCUUAUUAUUAUUUCUCCCACCUUUUGGUUCCCAGUGCUGCCACAAACCCCCUCUUUACAUAGGCAGGGGGUUUGUGAAGGAAAAUGUGAUUCAUUGUGUGAAAAACUCUAUCCUAGAGAGAAAUUCUGCCUUGGAGAAAUACUUUCUUCCCCUAACCAGGACAGCAUGUGACGAUGCUGAAAGGAAACCUCAGUAAUUACUGCACUGAAAGCUCUGGUUAUGGCUUUGGGAGUCUUCCCUGAUGCUGCUGCUGGACUGUGCCCUGUUCAGGCCCACACAAAGACUCUUGCACAAAUACACAGCCCAUAUAUUGACUUCCAGUAGUGUAAGGAAAAUCUACAUUUCACCCUGCAGAGAAUGAGCUGCUUUCCUUCUGCCCUGUGCUGCCUCUUCCUGCUGCUCCAACACCAUCUUCUUGCAUAACUUUAUCCCUCAGUGAUUUAGCCUUUAUGAUGGUCACACCAUCCCAGGGAGCUGCUGGAGGUUGUGAUCAUCUCCUCCAGCCCCUGCUCAUGCAGGGCCACCCAAGGCUGGUCACCCAGGACUGUGUCCAAGUGGCUUUGGGCUAUCUCCAAGGAUGGCAGCUCCAACAACCUGUGCCAGUGGCUGGUGACCCCCUCAGUGAAAGGUGUGCCUGGUGACCCCCUCAGUGAAAGGCUGUUCCCUCUCCCAGCAGGGUUUGAUGUGUUUCAGUUCAUGACUCUCAUCCUGGUGUUGUGCAGAGCUCGGUGACACCGUAACUCAGAUUGCCUCAGGAAUGGGAGCAUUGGCAGUGCUGUGCCAUCUCUGCUCCUGUUCCCCCUCUUCAGGCAUUGCUUGCAGCCCCUUUGCCUUUUGGGGGAUGAAGCCUUGGUUAGGGGGUGCCUGUGCAUUGACUCAGAUCCCUUUCCUGCUCCUUGGUCCUUUUCUGGACUUGGGAGCAGAGAGCCCUUUCCUGCCACACUCCUGCCUGUGCUGAGCUCACAGGGGGAGCAGCACCCCAAACCUGGCAGUGUCCAGGUCUGCAGGGUCAGGGAACAGCCCAGAGUGUGGAGCCCUGGGCUCUGCAGGGGGACUGUGCUGUGCACACACAGGGGAUGGCUCUGGGUCUCAGCUCAUCUCCCACAUGACAGGAGGCCACAGGGCUUCCCAGCUGGAUUGGGAGCUUUGGGUGCAGGAUAAACACGUUCAGAGCAAUCCAAGCCCCAUGUGGGCAGCUGAUCUGCCUUCCUGGAUGAGAACAGUGCCCACCACCUUUGUCUCUAGCCCACCAUUUUGCAUUAGGGGUUGCUGCAAGAGUCUGUCACCUUUGGCUCCAGCCCUUAUCCAUGCCUGGGCCUCAAACCAGGAAAGCUCAAACCCCCCCAUUUACCAUCUCAGCAAGCUAAAUAUGAGGAGUGUUCCUGCACUGAUGAGUGCUGCAGGUGACAGAACACUGCCCUGCAUUCCCAGGCAGGUGCUGGGGCUGGGAGCAGUGGAGGUGUCUGGGGGAAGAACCCAGGACCAGCUCGGGGCAGGGACAGGCUGCAGCUCCUCUGCCAUCCACUGUUAGUGAACAUCUGGCACUGGGGAAGUUCGUGAGAACUUCACAGUUCUUGUAAUCAAUCCUCCUCACAGUGUUUUCUGGUUUUGAGUAAAGUAUUAUAAAAGA